AUGCCUAAGGAGAAAACUACUCGCAAGGGCGGCAAGGAGCGCGUCCAGCGCCGCAAGAAGGACCCCAACGCUCCCAAGCGUGGCCUCUCCGCCUACAUGUUCUUCGCCAACGACAACCGCGACAAGGUUCGCGAGGAGAACCCCGGCAUUUCCUUCGGCCAGGUCGGAAAGAUGCUCGGUGACAAGUGGAAGGCCCUUUCCGAGUCCGAGCGCAAGCCUUAUGACGACAAGGCCGCCACCGACAAGAAGCGCUACGAGGAAGAGAAGGCGAAGUACCAGCAGCAGCAAGCCGAGGAGGAUGAGGAGGAGUCCUCCUAA